AUGACUAAACUGUUCAAACUCUUGCUGCUCAACUGGGUGAAUUACACGGUGACAGGCCUGAAAGUGGCCCUCAACGGGCCAAACGCGACAAAACCGUUGACACCAAAUGAUUGGAUGGAUUUGGUGGAAUUCCUUCGGUCAAUCAAUGCCAAUCUUGGUGUGUUUUCUGAAAGAGCUCAAAAAAGACUGAAAGAUGAUGAUUACCGCGAGGAGAUCACCAAU